GCAGGUAAUGUGUUAAGUAAUUCGAAAGUUGAGUGAUUAAAAAUGAGAGUGCUUUUAUUAAUUGUUGCUCUAGUGGCCUUCAUUGUUAAAAGUGAAGCUCAGAACAGUACCCAAUGGAACGCAACAGCUCCAGUGGACACACCGGUGAUCAACAGACCUGGGUGGAACUUACCACGAUUUAACAGAAGCCAGUGGGACUUUGGAUUUAAUAGAACCCAACAGAACCCUUCUGUCAACAGAACCCAACUGCUUGGUCAAAUCUUGAACCAAAACCAGAACAAAACGUCAUGGAAGAAUCAAUUCUUUGACAGAACUAAUAAUCAAGCCAAGAACAGAACUAACGGGAGACAUCAGCUGCUGAAUAACACUCUAGCGAACAUUACAUCAAAAAACUCGAGUCGACGAAAUGGUACCAUUUUUUACAGACCGAAGCGCAGCGAUCGUACAUGGGUUGUUCCUGUGAGUAAUCAAACCGCAGACUUAAACAGAAGCCAAUGGGACGUACCCGCCUUUAAUAGAACCCAAUUGCUCGGUCAAAUCUUGAACCAAAACCAGAACAAAACGUCAUGGAAGAAUCAAUUUUUUGACAGAACUAAUAAUCAAGCCAAGAACAGAACUAACGGGAGACAACAGCUGCUGAAUAACACUCUAGCGAAUAUUACAUCUAGAAACACCUCUCGAUGGAAUGGUACCAUUUACAGACCUAGACGAAGCGAUCCCAAAUGGGUCCCUCCUGUAAGCAACCACACCUGGAACCAAACCACGCACAAUGGGGACGUGAUAGUGGGUCAAAUUGGGUACUUGGAUCGCCUAUUGUUCAAUCAGACGUAUCGUAAAGAAAGUCGCUGGUGGUCCGGACGUGAGAAAAGUAUCGAAUACCCGCACGAUUUAGGAAAAUAUGGCGUAAACAGACAAGAAACAAUUACAGCGAUAAGAAUCUACAAUAAAUUCCUAGAUGGACUGCAUUCGUCGGCGAAGAUCUCGUCCGGUGGUGUCGGUUAUAGAUACGUAAAAAUAAAACUGUCGUCUCCUUGGAACAAAGGCUUCGAAUACCUUGUGCAAAUUUUUGGACGCUAGUCGAAGCACUGAACUUUUGUAAUAAUAAAAUUCCAAUAUUUAUACAGUCGCAAGUUACAAAGUAAAUAUACUCUUGGCAACAGUAAAA